AUGCUGCAGCCCGGGGCCAUUCCUGGAUCCCUACUAACUCUUUUCUUUUCUUUUCGCGGUCAUUUAGCCUAUCUUUACUCGCACGAGCCGCAGGGCAGCCGUGUCCUCGGACAGAGCCACCAUCACCAACCAGCCUCCUUUCCCAACCAAGGAAUCCUGGCUCCUAAAUCGCAUUUUCGCUGGUCUCUUCUCCGGCCAAGAUCUUUCCUCUCCGGGCACCCACCCUUAGCUGGCCUUUUCUCCACAUCCCAUCCUCUCUUCCGUCGUGAUCCCAAGCCCAACAAACUUUCAACCCUUCUUCGUGUCCUCGUGGGUCCUCUUGUAACUCGACGUGCCCAAAAUCGUGUCUGGAAUUUCCGCUACGAGACUCUCCCCGCCCUUCGGCACAGAGCACAAGCGAGACUCUACCGUGCCAUCCUCAAGCGACAGGCGCGACUCGCCGCGCGCAAUCGCAGGUUCGGUAGAGGCCUUGCUGCCUAUUUCCUUGGCCCCCGGCGACGCCUGCUGCUGAAGGGCGGGAGAAGUGGUCUAUCCGGUAGCAGCCACUGGAUCCCGAGACGUGCAGGAGCGGCCAAAGGAGAACCCCCCAGCGGGGCGAAAAAUGCUGCGAAAGGCCUCAUGGCACAAUCAUCACCAUGGGGUGUGAACAGUGGCGACGGAGCUGGUGCACCGGGAAGCCGUCGCAAAAAGGCCUACGAGUGGCUCAGGGCCGCAAAUGAGGUGGGCCAGGCGUAUGCGUCGCGAUGGACCAGCCAGCGCACCGACUCGCAGGAAGACUACUACCACACACCUGGUGCCUUCCCCGACGUGGAGAUUGCGCGAUCGGGCGAUGAGGAAAUGGUGUUAUUUCCCAGCUAUGCGAGGCGAUUAAUACCCAGAAAGAAGGUCGAUACUCGGACCCGAGAACGUCGUGAUUCGUGGUCGCAGACUAUCGAUGAAUACCGCGGAAUAUCGGAAGAGAGUAAUCCUCUGGGAGACAGCUGGGACGAUCCCCCCUUGAGAGUGCCCCGAGGCCCCAUGAACCGGAAGCACCGCCUCAUGGUCAAGCUGGCUCGAACUUUGAGCGGCAUUCCGACCCCAUCUGGCGCAUCCGCCGAGGAUGGUGCCGACCGAGUGCCGAACAAAGGCGAGGAUGAAUAUGUGGAUAAACAAAUGCAGACCCUAGUCGAAACCGCAGAGAAAGAUGCCGACCAAGCCUGGAAGAAUUCCAAAGGAGACCGCACAAGAACAAGUACAAGUCAAGCUGUGGCGAUGACCAAAGAUGAGAUUUCCAUGGCCAACGCGCAUUUAAUGGAGCGCCUGCGGCCAUUUUUAACAAACCCCAUGGCAGGAAUGCCGGUGACGAUCUUCUUUUUCAAUGAAGAGGAAAGCGAGUCACGCAACCUCUUGACAGACGAAUCGGGGCAUUUUAAUAUCCGCGCAGCAAUGCCGUUUGUACCGACCCACAUCAGGGUACUUGCAUCAGAGGAUCUUUCCGCAGCGAAACCAAUCGAGAUCAUUGAACCGAUUGGUAUCAGUUUGAUCAGCGAUAUUGAUGACACUGUGAAACACUCUGCCAUUGCCAGCGGUGCCAAGGAAAUGUUCCGUAACACCUUCGUCCGGGAGUUAUCGGAGUUGACUGUCGACGGAGUCAGCGAGUGGUACACCCAAGUAGCUAAGCAAGGCGUGGAAAUACAUUAUGUCUCUAAUGCCCCAUGGCAAUUGUAUCCAUUGCUGGAACGAUACUUUAAGCUGGUUGGAUUACCUCCUGGCUCCUUUCACCUAAAGCAAUAUACGGGCAUGCUGCAGGGAAUUUUCGAACCGACUGCAGAGCGCAAGCGAGGGAAUCUGGAACAGAUCCUGCGAGACUUUCCUGAACGCAAAUUCAUUCUUGUUGGCGAUAGCGGCGAGGCUGACCUGGAGGUAUAUACCGAUAUCGUUCUGGCCAAUCCCGGCAGGAUUCUAGGAAUCUUUAUCCGUGAUGUUACUACCGCAGAUGACAAGCCAUUCUUUGAACCAUCUAAUAGUCAUUUGGACACGACAGCUGCCCGCAGUCAAAGCAUGCCACAGCCAUUGGACCAUGCUGAUUCCUUUGCCAAAAGACCUGCACUUCCGCCUCGACGACCCCGAGAGCUGCGGCCUCCUCCGGGCAAUGAUUCGAAGAGCUUUGAUAAUGGAGAUUUGAUUGAUUUGCGGGACGAAGAUCAAUUAGAGGUGGCACCUGAGAUUCCUAAUGCAACAAAGCCACGAGUUCCACCCACAAUACCUUCGAAACCAUCUUCUCUACGCACCAUACCUGCUGCUGCAGGUAUCGCUGGACUUGAGGCCGUGGAUACGCAAGCUUCGAAGGCAGAUUCAAUUCGUCGCAAGCCGGUCCCUCCUUUGCCGCCACGGCGGACAUCUAUGGCGAAGACCGAUUCGUUGAUUGAUCUUGAGCCGUCUCCUGUUUCUCGCAGCUAUACCGAAUCCUUUGCAAACGAGAGCCACGAAAGAGGGUUGGCGUUUCGUUCCAAGCCUCCACCGCCCCCGCCCCCUCGGCGUUCGAAUACAGCAUCCUCGGUCAAUAGUCCUGCAUCUAGCGUAGCAACCACUCCCCGCCCAGCAUCUGCCACAAAACAAUCAUACCCUGCGGCCGCCGGAGCUGCCGCUCAAGCAGCUCUCAACUACGCCACAGAGCGUCUGAAUUUCACUGGUGCACCCUCUCCUGGAUUACGAAGCCCUGCAUCCAGCCAGUCUCUUAGGCGGACUAACACCUACGGCACAAAUGACGCUAACCUGCCGCCAUCUCCCCUUCCAAACAAACGGGAAGAACUCUGGAGGCGACGCUGGGAACGCGCAAGCGAAAUACUUGGCCAGAAAGGUGUUCUACUGGGAAGUUGGCGCAUCGGAAGUGAUGUACAGCCAGUGUGUUUGUGGCUAGUGGAAGAGGCGAUGAAGGAGAUAAGAUCGAACCCGACGCAGACAAGCGCUGGACGCAAAUUAUAG